AUGGCUGGUCCAGAUGAGAUGUCAGAUGUCCAACCCACUGGUGUCAAACGGCCCUUGCUCGACGUCGAAAGUCUACAGCGAAAGAAGUUUAAGACGGAAGAGCUGCCAUUGACCGCGGCCCAACACACUGUGAUCGAGGACCUACUGCACGCUUUUAAGAAGAAAGGAGGUUUUGAUAAUGUUCGCAAGAAAGUCUGGGCUGAAUUUCAUGACGGAGAAGCAAGAGCGGAGUUUACGAAGUUAUUGAUCGAACUAGCAGAGUCGGAAAUAGAUCGCGAACCGGAGCUUCUUUCCCGUGAACGAGGAAAAGCUGCGACAUUGAUAGAGGGCGCUGUCGAUCGGAGCGACGUCUACAAGAAAGCCGAAAAGCUUAUUGAUGCGCUGGCCUCAAACCACCUGCAGUUCAUCUUAGAUUCUGUCAGGGACAUUCGCCGUCAGCAAGUCGGAGACGAGCUCGCUGCGAAAGAGGAGCAAGCCGGCAAUAAAACAGACGAGGAUUUCGCUGCGCAGAUAAGAGCUAAACGUGAGAUACGCGGACGAGAAUGGCAGGAGACGGUGCGCAAACAGAGAGAACUUGAAGAGCAAGAAGCUCGUCGAAAGGCCGAAGAGGAACGCAAGAAGCGCGAGAUCGAACGCCAGAAAGAGGAGGAAGAAAGGGCAAAGCGGAAAGAACGCGAGGAACAGCGACGUGCAGAGCGUGAGCGUCAGCGGGAAGAGGAACGGCGACUUGAAGAGCAACGAGAAAAGGAACGACAGGAAAGAUAUGAGCGCCGGAGACGAGAAGAGCGCGAAAGAUACCGUGACUGGGAUCGAUCUAGGGACCGUGAUCGCAGUCGAACUAGGGACAGAGAUAGAGACAGAGACAGGGACAGGGAUCGAGAGCGCGACCGUGACCGCGCUCGCUCAAUAGGCUACCGAUCACCGCGAUUUCGCGAUUCGAAGAGAGAGAAAUCCGCUACUCCGAAGGAGCCAACGCAGGCACCUCCGCCACCUGGGCCACCUCCUGUUGCCGUGGAUGAUAAGUCGUUGGAAGAGGCCGCUCUCCAACUGCUGCUUAAAGAAGGCGAGGAACUUGCCGCUAAGGCGCGACAGAAACCCGAAUUUGAUUUUGAAGAAGCUGAGGCCAUCGAGAACGGCCUUAAGCCCCCGCCGACUAAACCAAAAGGCGCAACGGAAUCGAGGUAUUCUAUUACUCCAUUGAAGUCCGCCAGUCCGUCUGUCGAUGUGGAUCAACCCCGAAGACGAGACUCGACUGUUGAUGACCGUCGUCGCGCGCAUCGACGUGACGGCAGCCGGGAUCGCAGCCGUUCACGGAAAAGAUACACACCUCGCAUCGAUGAUGAUCGUCGACGGGAUCGAUCGCGCGAUGCUUCUAGUCGCCAGCGUGAUCGUAACCCUGAUGAUAGAGUUGCCAUACGCGAUUUCAGAGCUAAUCGAUAUGGCGACCGUAGCUACCGCCCUAACCGCAGAAGGGUCGAGACCGAAGUGCUGAACGCGAGAAAGAUCGAGCUCGAGAUCGCUCGCGUCCAGCGGACGACCGGGACCGAGAUCGAGAUCGUGAUCAUCGCACUCGCGAUCGCAGCAGGGAUCGAGAUCGAGAUAGAGACAGGGAUAGGGAGCGUGACAGGGACAGGGACAGAGAACGUGAAAGGGAUCGGGACCGGGACCGGGACCGGGAUCGGGAUCAUCGACGUCGCAGUUACUAUUCCCGGUCUCGUUCACGACCUCGACGCGGACGAUCGCGCUCCGCCUCUCGCGCCAGAGAUCGAAACCAAGAUCGAGCUCGAGACCGAGGCCGAGAUGGAGAGCGAAAUCGUGAUCAAGAACGGCACCGAGACGGAGACAAAGAACAAGACCGAGGCCGGGUCCGAGAAGGAGACCGUAACGGCGAGCGGGGAAGAUCCAAGUCCCGCCUUCCGAAUUCCUCUCGAAAACCGUCUCGCUCGCGACGGCGUUCCCCCGGCGCUCUUGACAUCGACCGCUAUGUGCCCCCAACGAGCCAUCGGAGCAGAUCCCCUCGAAGGCGGGUCCGAUCUCCAGAACGUCCUGAGCGAGAUGAUCGUCGAGGACGGGGAGAAAGAGAAAGAGAAAGAGAUACAUAAAGAAAAGGAAAACGAAGAACGGAAAGAUAAAGGCGCGGAGCUUCCUGAUCGCGGAGCGGAUGACCGCGGAGUACGGAAACUUAGCACCGGUCAAAGGAGAAGCAGAAGUCGUUAG